GGUUACUAUACGUUAUGAAAACUUUCCUGAUUUUGUCCUUCUUUGCCCUAGCCGUUUCGGCUCUUCCUCUGGAGGAAUCUGAGCGCAUUAAUGGCGAAAACGGCUGGUACCUUCCCCAAGAGGAUGGUUCCUUCGAAUGGGUGGACAUGGAUGUGGCUGAGAAGUGGAUGGAGGCACAGGAACAGCUGGAGAGCCGUGGCCUGACCACCGUUCCAGUGAAGUUCUACCUGUACACUUCCUCGAACCCCACCAAGGGCACUAAGAUCACCACCACCACCAAUUCCAUAGACGCCUCCAACUUUAACGCCGCCAACCCGACCCGCUUUGUGAUCCACGGCUGGACCCAGAGCUACACCGCCAGCAUGAACAAGGACAUCUGCAGUGCCUGGCUCUCCAGGGGAGACUACAACGUGAUCGUCGUGGACUGGUCCCGUGCCCGUUCCGUGGACUAUGCCACCUCAGUCAUGGCUGUCGGUGCCACCGGAAAGAAGGUUGCCGCCAUGAUCAACUUCCUGCAGUCCAACUACGGAAUGUCCCUGGAUAACCUGUACGUGAUCGGUCACAGCCUGGGCGCCCACGUGGCUGGAUAUGCCGGCAAGAACACCAAUGGUCAGGUGCACACCAUCGUCGGUCUGGACCCCGCCCUGCCCCUCUUCAGCUACAACAAGCCCAACAAGCGUCUCAACGCCAACGAUGCCUGGUAUGUGGAGUCCAUCCAGACCAACGGCGGUAGCCUGGGAUUCCUGAAGCCCAUCGGCAAGGGAGCCUUCUACCCGAACGGCGGACAAAGCCAGCCCGGCUGCGGAUGGGAUUUGACUGGUUCCUGCUCCCACGGUCGCUCCACCAUCUACUACGCCGAGGCCGUGUCCGUGGACAACUUCGGCAGCAUUAAGUGCGGAGAUUAUCAGGACGCCGUUUCCAAGGAAUGCGGAAGCACAUACAGCGGCGUUCGCAUGGGAGCUGACACCAACGCCUACAUGGUCGAUGGUGACUUCUAUGUGCCCGUGAACAGCGAGGCUCCUUUCGGCAUGAUUAACUAGUAGCAAUGCAAUAAACUUAAGGUCAAUGAAAGUAA